AUGGCGUUGGUGCAAGAUGAGAAAUUCUUGAUUAACUAUAUACGGGCAGAGUAUCUCAAAAUAGCUGAUGAUGACCAAAGCAGAAGAAUAAUACGGCCCUACACAACAAAUGAAACAGAUUAUCCAGAUUAUCCAGAACAGCAGUUGAGUCAAGAGUUCAAUGAGAUCCUAACUAGAACAGAGUCUCCUCCCAUACCCAUAAAUGUCCUUGAAAAUACUGAUUUGAUGAGGAGACUACAUAUGUCGAAAGAGAGUCUGGCGGAUAGAAUAGAUGAAACGGAUGAAGAAGAACAAGAACCAUUUGAUCACAACACUUUAAAGAAACAAACCUUGGAAUCACAUAAACCUGAUUCAAAAGCAUCAUUGGCAACUUUGAAGUUCAAUCAAUCUCAGGAUACUGUACCUGCUCAAGAUCCAGGAACUUUAACUCCUCAAACCUCGGAAACAUCACAUAUUGGGAAGAAGCUUCCUUCAUUUGCAAACACAAAGAUUAGCUAUAAGCCACCAUUCACAAAAUUGUUCAGAAAUACAAGCAGUAGUAACUCUUCUGCUCAAAGCUCAAUGAAGUCUAAAAAGGAAAGGAAGAAACCACCAAGUGACAGGAACCAAGCUGAUGACGGUGAUAAUGAAACUUACGAUAAUUUCGAUGAAGAGGACAACGAGAGUGAUGACGAUGAUGAAGAUGAUGAUGACGAAGACUCCAAUUUUGAUGAUCAAACAACAACUGCCUCACAAGCAAAUACAGAGAGUGACUUGGUCGAUUUGGAAGCUAUGGAAGACAACACUGCGAGCCAAAGACAAGAUGAAAGCGGCAUCUUGGUUGAUCAAAACUAUUCAGACCUCAAUACAGCUUCCCAAAUGGAUGAAUUCAAUGAUAGCAAGUACCUUUAUGGAGACAAUUCUAUUUCUUCGGUUGAUGAUCAAUUAUUAUUGGAUUCAGAUUUUUCAGAUGAAGAUGAAGAUGAUAUUAUAGACAAUGCAUUACUUAGUGCUAGGUUACAUAUGAUGCAAAGCAAGACACCUUCUUCAUCAGCAACUCCAUCCAGAUCAAAUAGGAAGCUCUCAUUUGAAAAACAAGCUAGACCAAAACUAAGACAAAAAAGAUCCUCAUCUUUAAGUGUCAGAAACCAAGAUACAAGCUCAAAUGAUUUAAGACAUGUUCAUUCAAACCCGAAUAUCCCAGAUAUGCAAAGAUCAACUUCAGAAAACUCUAUAGGGCCUUUGUUUGAGAAAGUCACAGUUCCAUCGGAGCCAAAGUUAAAAUCACAAUUAAGUGAAAUGAUUUAUAAAAAGUACAAGGCAGAAAACUCCGAUCCCUUGGAAUACUUCCUGUUUGUAUCUGGAGAGAACAUAUCUAACAGGUUUGAUGUUAUCAAUAUGACGGUUUAUUUGCCACAAGAUAACACCUUGAAACUUAAAAUUAGGAAAACUGUUACAGUGUUUGAAGCAAUUGGUUUCAUUUUAUUCAAUGUAACGAAACAAUUCCCAAAGAUGCUGAAAAAGAACAAGGCUCUCAGGAAUCCAAACAAAUGGUGUCUCAAAUUGAUCGAUGAUGAUGGGGAGCCCUAUGAAGGUUCAUUUGGGUUGAUGGAUAGAACAAAAGUUGUUUCUUCGUAUGGUGAGGAUGAAGUUGCAUUGAUAGAGGUCAGUGAUGUUGAAUUUCAGUCUAAUGAGAUAAAAACACCAUUACCGGUUUCAGAAGCGGAAUUGGGUGGAUCUGGUACUCCUUCUCCAUCAAAGUCCAAUGCCAUUAAGCAAACCAAUUAUUUCACAUCAAUUAUUCCAAAGAUUGAUAAUAACAUUAAAGACGCUGCUACUGUUAAAGUUGAGAUCUAUAAAUAUCCCGCAAAUGAAGACUCUUCAUUCACAGCGUUGGAGUUCCCAUUAACUGCUAAAUUAAAUGAGAUAUUAUUGAAAUACACUAAAAUGAAAGGGUUGGAUCCAAAUGGUUACCAGUUGAAGGUUUCUGGGGAGGAUUACGUUUUGGAUUUGAAUGAUUCUGUCAGCUCUUUGGAUGGAAGUUAUAAACUUGAAAUAUUGACAAAAAGAAAAACUAGAGAAUUACAACUCAAGAAGAAAAAGAUAUUGGAUAACAGCACAUUACCUACAAUCAACUCCAAUUUAACUCCACAAAGUUUAAUGGUGGCGAAUGAAUUGCCUAAUGAAUCGGAUAAACCUCAACCUCAAUCUCUGGGUAAGCCAGCAGUUCAAAGACGUCACUCAUUCUCUUCAAAGCAGUUUUCAUCUUCUUUUUCUAAACAUGGUAUUUCAUCUUCUUUCAAAAAUAUGAAUAACUCUAGAGGUUCAUUAAGAACUCCAGAAGAUUCAAUGCUUCCCAAUGCUGUUACUGCAGAUUAUAGAAAAUACACUGUCUGGAGAAGGUUGCCAAUGUCAUUUAUUAAUCGUCAUGAAAGAUCAUUUGCAAUUGAUGGUGAAUACGUUUAUAUCCUGCCUAAAGAUGGGAAGAUAUGGUAUGACACUAAUUUCAAAACAAGAACCUUCCAUGUGAGUCAAAUAGUUUCCUGUAAAGUCUCCAAGAGAAUCCCUUCAAACUUCAAGAUUGUUGUUCUGAAGAGUAAUGGCCCCAAAAGAUAUGAUUUUGAGGCCUUGAACCCUUCUGAGGCUGCUGAGAUCAUCAAUAGGCUACAUAAAUUGAUGGAGGCUUACAAGGUAUAUAAUAACUCCGCUUUAUGA